GGAAAACUAUAAUUAAAAAUUAAAAUAAAUUAAUAAAGAUUAAGUAGUAAUAAAAUCCAUCCUCUUAACAUAAUCUUUUAUAAUCUUCCGAAGUUUUAUUUUGAGUAUUAAUAUAAUUCAGUCACUAAAAAAAGUAAUUACUUGUAAUAAAUUUGUACUAAUAGAAGAUCUACCAAAUUUGAUUGUGAAAGGUUGAACAACUAAUGGACAAUGUACAUUACAUUAAUGUUAAAGCUAAUUCUGCAAAUUACAGAAACAAUAUACAAUUUUAAUUAAUUGUCUACAAAAUAUUCUACAAUAUUACGAAAAUUCUUUAAAAGUAAACACAAUUUCAAACAUGUUUUAAUUUAAUUUGCCUCUAUAAAUAAUAAUUUAAUCUUCAUCUCUAAACCACACCAUCCCAUCCUCUUACAAAAAUCAUUGCCAAAAAAACCAUGGUGUUCAAAUCAAUUUUCAUAGCCCUAAUUAUUUCCCUAAUUAUUUCCAUUUCUAAAUGUAAUCCAUCAUCAACUAAAGGGUUGACCGUUGACCUAAUCCACAGAGACUCUCCUCAAUCUCCUUACUACAAUCCUUCUUUAUCUCCUUAUCAACGUCUCGCAAAUGCGAUGCGAAGAUCGUUCGAUCGUGCCCGUCGAUUUAAAUUGGACCCCAUCUCGCCAAAAUCACCCGAAUCGGAUUUAAUCCUCUCAAACGGAGAGUACCUAAUGGAAUACUCUAUCGGCACACCGCCAAUCCCUUCGUUAGCAAUCGCUGACACGGGCAGUGACAUCACAUGGACGCAAUGCCAGCCGUGCACCGAAUGCUUCAAGCAAAAGUUACCCCUUUUCGACCCGAAAAAUUCCUCAACGUACAAAAAUAUCCCUUGCGAUACUAAAUACUGCAGUUCUUUCCGACGGACUUCUUGCAGCGACAAUAAUAAAAAUUGUAUUUAUUCCGCGGCUUACGGUGACGGCUCAUUCACAAAGGGCGACCUCGCCACCGAUACUAUUACAUUAGACUCUAGUGACGACGAUGGCAAAAGCGUCGUUUCUUUUCCCGAUAUUAAAUUUGGAUGUGGAUUUAAAAACGGUGGGAUAUUCGACGGGGGAGAAUCGGGAAUUGUCGGUCUUGGAGGUGGGCCCGCCUCGCUCGUUAAUCAAUUAGGUCAAGGGAAGUUCUCUUAUUGCUUGGUGUCACCAUCCGAUAAUAAUAAUAGUACUAAAUCGAGCUCGAGUAAAUUGAAUUUCGGUGCUAACGCGGACGUUUCGGGUAGUGGGGUGGCGACCACGCCCUUGGUCAAGAAAGUUCCGGAAACUUUCUACUAUUUGACGUUGGAAGGAAUUAGCGUCGGGAAUCAACGGCUGGAGUUCGGCGAUCCGACGGCUCGUGAAGACGGGAACAUUAUCAUCGACUCGGGGACGACGUUGACUUUUUUGCCGUUCGAAUUCUACUUGAGCUACAUGAACGCAAUCAAGAGCUAUAUUAAGUUGAAGCAGAUUGAGGACCCACAACAUGUGUUGACUUUGUGCUACCACUCGAAAACCGACAUAAAGAAUAUUCCUGAUGUGACAGUUCACUUUAGAGGGGCGGAUGUGAAGUUGAAGUACGAGAAUGUUUUUGUCAGGACGAGUGACGUGGCGGUGUGCUUGGCGGCUAGACCUGUGCCUGGGGCUGGCUAUUAUAUUUAUGGUAAUUUGGCACAAAUGGAUUUCCUUGUGGGGUAUGAUCUUGUGAAGAGAACGGUGUCGUUUAAGGCUGUUGAUUGUGGCAAAUGA